AUGCCGGAAGUGAAUUAUUAUAGUAGGUGUGUAUCUAUGCUUGAGCAGGACCUGAGCUACUGGCUGGGACACAAGGGUCUGCGUGAGCUCUGUCUGUCAAAAGGCGGAAAAUGGAAGGAACUAUUUAUUGGAAGAAAGAGGUUUCUUUGUGUUUUAAAUGUUUUGGAUGCAGUUCCUCUCUCGGACAUUGAAGACUUGAAAGCAGGGGCAGAGCUUGUUUUUGUCAAAGCUGAUGUCAAAGAGAUGUUUGAAAUACCAUUAAAAAAGUACUUCAAGCCCCAAAGAAAAAGGAAGAGGAUCUUGGAGAAUCCCCAGCCUGGAAGAAGGAAGCUUUGGUGUUAUAGGAUGAAGGUGAUAAAACGGGAGUUGUGCAGGAAUCGGCAUCAAGAGGUUGUUCAGGUAGAUGGAAGUCCAGAGGGAGCUCAGCCUCAAGAGGUGGUCCAGGAGCAGGUUCAGGCAGAUGAAAACCCUGAAGGAGCUCAGCAACUCUGCUCACCAGUACAGCUGGAGCAAGGAGACCAUCCCUCAGCAGCACAGCUACUGCCCUCUGCUCAAGAGCCCCAGGGAGGGAAUGCUAUCCAUGUGCACCCACAGAGGCAGCCAGAGCAAGGAGGCAUGGCCCCAGACAUGGGACCACAGCCAGCAGACCCAGGGUGGGAGUUCCCAAAAGUGACUGUCGAGGUGCAGCCCCGGAACAUGAGCCUGGGGUGGGACUCCCCGGAGGUGACAGUGCGGGUGCAGCCCCAGAGGCCAAGCCCAAGAGGGGAGGCCCCAUCAGUGACAGUGCAGGUGCAGCUACAGCAGCGGGGCCCAGGGCCAUCUCUCCCACAGGUAACUGUACAGCUGCAGCCCCAGGAGAGGGGACAAGGCACUGCUGGCAUCAAGGUCACAGUGCAGCUGCAGUUGGGCUGUGACCCACGAGAGGAAACCUGCUUCCAGAACCAAGGUGUGGGAGUGUUAGACAAUGGACAAGAGUGGACCCCUCCAAAAAAUCAGGGAGAGAUGAUAAGAUCGGAGGGUGAGAGAGAGCUUGCUGUGGUGGAGCUUAUGCCACAGGGGAUUCUGAGCCAAGAACAGGGUCAAGGAGAAGUGGAAAAAGCCCAGCAGGACAAGAGCCAAGAGGAAAGAGCAGGAGUGGUGGAGCUGCAUAAGAUGCAGGCUGGAGGCAAAGCAGACCUGAAUGGGUUGGUGACAGAGGAACAGCUACAGGAACAGCAAAAAGCACACCUGCCUCUGCAAAAGGAAGACCAAAGAAGUACAGAAAUGAGACAGGAGCAAGGUAAUAUCCAAGAAGGGCCCAGGGGGAUUGUAGAAGACCAGAAGGAAGACCUAAGACAAGAACUGCCUAAGAAACGUCCAAGAGAGGCUCCAAAUUAUUUUGUUGCUAUUCCAAUAACAGAUGAUAAGAUUUUGGACAGAAUUGAAGAUGUUCAAGAACUCAUAUUCUCUAAAGAACCUGACCUGUCAAGAGCUCUUCUUCCUGUUCAAACUAUGCACCUUACUAUAAUAGUAGCUCAUCUGGGAACAGAAGAAGAAGUGAAAAAGGCUGUUCUGGCACUGAAGCAAAGCAAGACUAAAGUGGAAGGCAUCUUGCAGGGUAAAGACCUUAAUUUGACAUUCCAUGGGAUUGGAGAGUUUAAUAACCAAGUGCUAUAUGUGAAAAUGUUAGAGGAAGACCAAAAAAUGCUUAACAGAAUUGCAGAAGUUGUGGAAGAAUGCUUUGUUGAAAUGAAUCUUGACAUUUCAGGAAGUAAGGACUUCAAACCACAUCUGACUUUCCUGAAGCUCUCUAAAGCAUCAAGGUUGAGAAGAAGAGGCUUCAGGAAAAUUUGUACAGAUCUGUAUAAGGAAUAUGAAGACAGCCACUUUGGCACAGAGGUCUUCAGUCGAAUUGAUCUCUGUGCCAUGCGUAAGAAGAAGCAGGAAUCUGGUUACUAUUACUGUGAGUGUUCAAUCAAGGUGGGCUCCAGUGGUAAGGAAGAGAGUAAAGAGCAAGAAAUGCAGACAGAAGAUGUGGGGAAAACAAGCGGUGAAGACCUCCAAAACAAUGUAGUGAAGGCUGAAAUAGGAGCAACUGCUGCAAGCUGUAAGCUUGCCUCAACAGUAGUAGCUGAUGAUGAACCAUCUGAAAAUGUUGCUGAGGCCUCAAUUGCAAUUAAAGAAAAAGAAAUCAAUGAGGCAAAGGGACAGCCUGAAGCUACAGAUGGGACUUUUCCUACAGCUGGAGAUAUCUGCUCAGAGUCAGUACUUGGUCUGCUGCCAGCAAGUUCAGAUGUGUUGAAAAGCUUGGAAAUGGAACAAGAAAAAGCAAAGAUAACAGAUGGUAGUUUGCAAAAAAAACUGAAGGAACAGAAUAUGCACCUGGUCAGACAAGUUUGGGAUAAAGUUAUUGCAGCCCUUGGUGAACUUGGUGAGGGUGGAGAAGGCAGACAAGUACAGUGGGGCUGAACUGCACUGGGCUGAGGUCAGUGGGGUGGGUAUGGUGAAUUCUUUUUUGGCAGCAAACAAUCUCUUUCAGAGUCUGAUUUAAAAAAAAUAUAGAGCAAAAUCUGAGGGCAACAUCACUGAAUAUUGUAAUGGUGAAAUGCCUGGCUCAAAACCUGUACCAUCAGAGUGUGUGUGUAAGCAUGUGUACCACAAAGACAAGCGAGCUGUGGUUUACAGAAUCAGACCCUUCAGCAGUCAUCCAUUGAUACAAAUGCUGUUUCCAGACGCCUCUGAGGCCCAAAUGCACACAAGAAGCUUGGCUGAGUUUCUUUCUGCCCUGCUUCACCCCCUGCCCUGGGUCUGCACCCUCAGCUUUUCUCCUUUGCCUGCCUUCUCCUCUCUGAUUACUGCCUAAAGACACCUCUCCUUGCUUAAUGCCUACAGCUGCUCUCAUUUGUGACUCCAAGCCAUGACUGCAACACGGACAUUCAUUGCACCUCUAACAGGUGGAUGAUGCUAGAUGUUAAUGCACUAUUGUGAAGUACAUGCUUUCCUUUGACCUAGUAGCUAUUUAACGAGAAAAUUAUUUUGCCUGACUUAAGGAAAUACCGUUUUUGAAAGAAAAUGAGGUACAGCGUAAAUGCAUUCCUUUGUUUUCCUCUUCCUCUCCUUUUAUCUAACAAAUUGUCUUUAUAAAAUGCCUUGAGGGGAGGAUAGGAGGGACAAGAGCGCUUUUCUAGACCGAAGUUUUGGCCGGGGCUGACGCUUCCUGGCUUUGCCCUUCGCUGGCCGAGGUCCGAGCAGAGCGGUGCCCGCUGCCCCUCCGGCUCGGGGGCGGCGUUCCCGGCGGAGCCUCGCGGCAGCGGCGCCAGCAGAUGGCACCGCUGGAGAGCCAGAUGCGCCGCGAAGGGAGCGGCCGCCGCCCGGCCCCGAGCAUCCCUGGAGCCGCGCGGAGGGAGUCGGUCGGGCACCUGGAAAACGUCUUCCUUUACCUACUCUAAUUGCCCAUUGAAGUGGGGUACUUGGAAUCUUAAAGGCUCCUUUUUUUUUUUUUUUUUUUCUUUCUCCUUGGGGGAAAAAAUAGUGCGCAUUUCAAACAAGAGCGUGCGAUCAAGAAUUAGCUCCUCCACGCACACAAAAAGUGUAGCGGCAUCGAGCAUACGGUGUUUUGGUUCCCUACAAGGUGUGUGGGAAUACACGUUUAGGCAGAACGGCCAGGAUGCGCCCUGUUAAAUUGACAUUAGGCUGGUUUAAAGCUUGUUACCAAACAUUUUAAAGAACGAAGAGCUGUACUUGUGCAAUUUUCACAGGGAGUAGGGAGAAACAACCCUCCCCAGCCAGCCACUGUGCAGGAGGAAAGGAAAGGCUCUGAAUUUAAUGAACCUGCUUUGUACUCACACUGGGGUCUGUGUCAGAUCCCUUGUGUUGCAGUGCUUGGCAGAGCAUUUAUUUUUAUGUCCCUCCACUGAAGGUUGUGGACUCUGAAAAGGCUGUCCCCAAAUGGUCUUCUAAAUGCAAAUUCCAGAGUAGCUAUUUCCAGCUUCUCUGGGGUCUUAAAAGGGCAGCUAAAUUCUUAACGGAAGACUUUAAGUUUAUUUUGGGGGAGUACUUAAGAGUGACACCUCAGGGAGCAUCUCUAUAUCAAGGCAUUCUGGAAUUUUUUUUUUUCAUGAAAACUUGCUUCAAAUAUACACUGAGGACACAGUGUUUCUUAGGUUUUGGGUUUUUUCUAAUUCAGAAAAGGAUUAGCAGCAUCAUUCACUGUAAGAACUGAAGUAGAUUCAAUGGCCUAGGACCAAAUACACUUUAUAACAUGUUGUAUUUCUUAUUAUUGAAAAUGUUAAUUAUCUUUUUAUAGACAGAUGGCACUGGAGUGUAGCAAAUGUGCGGUGAAUCUGCACUCGUAAACACUUGGGGGUUUAGUGUGUAUAGUUCCAAUUAAGUUUAACUCUGGUUUAGGGUUAUUAUAAUGAUAGUAGGGUAAUUAAUUUCACCUAUCUGGGGAGCAAAAUAACUUGUUUUGGGACAUGAAGUUAAUAUAUAUAUAUAUAUAAAGUUGUAUCUUUGUGAUUAAUCUUGACAAUUCAGAAGAGUGUUUGAAACCAAAUAUCUACCAAAUUUAUCUGUUUAGUCUGUAAUGACAACCAAGCAAAAAUUAGCUUCUGUAAUGCUGUUCAAAUAAUAGACAUGUAUUUUCAGCUUUGUAGUGGAGAAUAUAAAAGAAGAAUAUAUGUCUUAAAUUUUGUUGGUGCUCUGCUCUAACAGAGAUUUGGUUCCCUGCUUUUUUAAAAAUUCAAAUUAAUUGAAAUUUUUUUGAUUAUCAGACUCUUAUCAUGUGAAAUAAGAGGGAGAGAGUUUGUGAAAAGAAAAUCUUUAAACUGCUGAAGAAGAUUAAUUAUCCUUCUUUAUUACUACUGUAGGGAAAUUACACUGUGAAUUUGGAUCCAGAAGGUAGUUUGAUUCACUCGUUAUGAUCCCUGCAUUUGCUGUUCUUUUCCUGACUUUUUUUUUUUUUUUUUUUUUUUAACCCUUUAUGGUCUCUAACUUGCCUGGUUUUUUUCCCUUUGAGUAAUUUUCUUUAUAAGCACUAGCAGUUUAUGUAGAAAUGCAAUCUACUACUAUCUUGUAAUUGAAUUUAGUUGAAUGUAACAAGUUAUUGAAAUAAUGUGUAACAUUGGAUUUGGAGAGAACUUGUAAUAAACAGU